UGAAAGGAUGAAAAUCGAAAAGGCGAUGCUGACCGUCACAAAAGAGACCUGCAUCCGAUUUGUGCCUCGCUCAACAGAGGUCGACUACCUCAGCAUAGAGAAUGGCAGAGGGUGCUGGUCUUACAUCGGGAGAGCAGGAGGCAGGCAGUUGGUGUCCUUGAACAGGGAUGAAUGCAUCUACAAUGGCCUCAUCCAGCACGAGCUCAACCACGCCACGACCUCGCCUACUCUCUCCAUUCAGCACAUACAUAUUGAAAUAAUGGUACUUUUCCCUCACACUGUCAUUAAACUAAAAUGUUCCACUUCUAUUCAUCCCAUUUCUAUUGAUUUGGCAGACCAGGCUUACAACUUUAGAAAACAAUAUGGUAACACCAUGGGCACUCCAUAUGACUACACAUCUGUGAUGCACUACACCCGAACUGUUUUCACCACCGAGUAUGGAAAGGCAACGCUCACCCCCAUCCCUGACCCGGACGUCCCCAUUGGCCAGAUACAGGGUCUCUCUCCCACUGACAUCCUGAGGAUCAAAAAGCUGUGAUCAAAAAGCUGUAUGAAUGCUGAUUGGAGGAAAUCUUCUAAACAGGAAUGGUGGCUGUUGGCUAAACAUAAAAUAACAUAUCUCAUCCUGUCUGGAGACAACGGUGUUGCCCCCCUAUGAGUGAAAAAUGGCCUGAACUCUCCUUUAAGCAUCAUUAUACAUUUAUUUACACUUUAUUAAUCAAUGUCUUGUUCUUACCAAAUGGGUAAUUUAUUCUUGGUAAAUCCACAAUAAGCAACUAGCUUGUCUUGAUCUAAUGAUACUAGUAUAAAUAUGAAAAUAGAGUUUUUCUCAGGUGCUUUUCUUUUUCUACGUGUUGAAGUUCAGUGGGCAAAUGUGUGGCUAUGCCUUUUGCUAAUAUUUUGAUUUAAUUGCCAGUACAAUAUAGUACUGAAGCCAUGAUGUAGCGUUGCCAAGGCAAGACUUAUGAAAUGCAUUUGAGUAAACUGUUAGAAGCCCAGUCACAUAUGCUACAAAGAAUACUACAAUGUACUCAUUCAUUACCUGCUAUCUACAAUAUGCCCACAGAGGAUCUCAUGACACGUGUAAAGCAUGGCCAUUCAAACACACAGACACACACUUCAUUUCACCCCAACACAAUGGGACACAACAAUUUUAAUCAAUUUUGGAGUGACAAAAUGGAAAUAAAUAAUAUGUAAAAAGAAACAACUUUAUUUUUUUUUUAAAAAACAA